AUGGGUGAUGAGAAAGGCAAGAAGAUUUUUGUUCAGAAGUGUGCCCAGUGCCAUACUGUGGAAAAGGGAGGCCAGCACAAGACUGGGCCAAAUCUCCACGGUCUGUUUGGGCGAAAGACAGGUCAGGCUGUCGGAUUCUCUUACACAGAUGCCAACAAGAACAAAGGCAUCACCGGGGGAGAGGAGACGCUGAUGGAGUGUUUGGAGAAUCCCAAGAAGUACAUCCCUGGAACAAAAAUGAUCUUCGCUGGCAUUAAGAAGGGAGAAAGGGCAGACUUGAUAGCUUAUCUCAAAAAAGCUACUAAUGCAUAAUCGUUGGCCACUGCCUUAUUUAUUAUGAAACAAAUGUCUCAUGACUUUUUAUGUGUACCAUAUUUAAACUGGUCUCAUACACUAGAAUUCAGAUCAUGAAUAGCUAAUGUGAUAUUUCUGUCCUGAUUUAAAUAAGAUUGGCUUGUGGCUAAAUGAA